AAGAGUUGAGAGACAAGCAAUUGAAUAAGCGGUCUAAAUGGUUGCAAUUGAAAGAGAAACAUAUAGAUGGGCGUCUGAGAGAGCUAGAAUUGAAAGAGAAUCAAAUCGAAUUGAAAUACAAGCAGACAGAAGAGGCUUGUGAGGAGCUUGAAUUGAAAGAGAAGCGAAUGAUAGAGCAUACUGAAGAGAUAAAAUUGAAAGAUAAACAAAUUAGUGAGAAAUGUGGAGAGCUAGAAUUGAAGGAAAAGCAUAUUCAUGAGAGUUUAAUAUCUUUGGAUUCGAAAGUGGAGCAUAUAAACAAGCGCUGUGAAGAGUUAUCUUUGAGAGAGAAGUUAAUUAGUGAUCGUAGCAAAGCAUUAGAUUUGAAAGAAAAGAAGAUUUACGAGCAGUCUCAAGCACUGGAAGUGAAAGAGAAGGAAAUUAGUAGGCACGCCAAGGCAGAGGAGUUGGGAGAGAGACAAAGGGAUGUGCAUAUUAAAGCCUUGGUGUUAAAAGGGAAGAAAAUUAGCAAGUGUUUUCAGGAGCAGGAGUGCAAGAAGAAUGAAAUUAAUGACCCUUGCACGAAAUUGGAAUUGAAAAGGGAGCAAUUGAGUGAAACCAGUGGCAUGAAGAAGAAAUCUGAACAAAACAGUAGUUUGGGAUUUGGUGAAGGAUUGCAGAGUCUUACUCUUAAGCAAUGUGUGACAGAUGGGAAAGCCUUGCAGAUGUUUUUGAAUGAUCGAGUCGAUGAACACAGGUUCAUGGAAGAAGAGAUUAGGGAUGCUCUCAGGUUAUCUUCGGAACCAGGCAGGUUGGUAUUAGCAGCUUGUGUUGGGUUUUUCUCACCACAUUUGAAGAAUGGUGAUGUGAUGUAUGAAACAAGUGCUGUUAGGAGUAGCUGUGUGCUACUGUUGGAGCAAUUGAUGAUUUUAAAACAUAAAGUUGAUGAAGGUUUGAAGAAAAACGCCAAGAAGGUUUUUUUUCUUUGGAAAGAGAAAAUGAGAGAAGAUGGAGAGAGUCGUAUCGUGGUGCUAAGCUUCUUACUGUUAAUAGUUGCAUAUGGCUUGAGUUCAAUUGUUGACAAGGAUGAAUUGCAGAGGCUUUAUGAGAUAGUAGAUCAGGAUAGGAUAGCACCUCGGUUGCAUCAGGAACUGGACUUGUUCAAAGCGAAUGAAGGAAGCAAUAUGGCCACUGCCCCCCUUGAAUUAACGACUGGACAACAGCAGACAGAUAAAUUGCAAGGGACUGAUACAGUUGCUUCAUCUUCCAUAAAUCAUUGCAGUGUGAUCCACUCGUUGUGCCAUCGUAUGGAUGCCAAGGGUCUAAGAUUAUAUAUAAGAGAACAUCUGAUAGAGCAAAUUAUUUCUCCAGAAAAGAUUCUAGGUGCACUUCGAUAUGCACCAGACCCAGCAAAACUACUUCUUAAUGUAGUUCAAAUUUUCAACCAACCGAAGGCAACACCAGUUGAGAAAGCUAAUUGCAUAUUUUUGUUAGAGCAGUUGAUGAAACUACUAAAGCAACAACCUAGUAUCAAUUCCCUUGGUCAGGUAGAGCAGUUGGUGAAACCACCAUCAAAAUUUACACUUGGUUUGAGAAAGCAAGCAAAACAGUUUGCUUAUAUAUGGAAACAAACUUUGGCUAAGAAAGGGUAUAAACUUUUGGAAGUUUAUGGCUUUCUGCAAUUUCUAGCCACAUACGAGAUAGCCAGUUUAUUUAAUGAAGAUGAACUUUUUCGACUAUUCAAAAAAUGUUAUGGUGGGCACUUGGUCUUCCGGCCUGAGCAAAAUCCAUACUUGUGCCGUACACUGGGAUUGGAAAAAAGAAUUUCAGGCCUUAUCAAAUCUCUUGUCAAGGAGGACCGACGACUUCAGGCAGUCAAGUACAUCUGUACUUUUAUGAUGGAAUCUUAUUUCCCGCUAGCUCCCCUUCUAAAAGAUCACCUUAAGUUCACCAAGGAAAAAUCAGUGAAGUUCCGGAAGGAAAGAAACAAUUCUCAUGCAGCAAAGAUUGAAUCUGCUCGCUUUGAGAUGCGUCACCUGCAAGAUGUACUGAAAUACAUCAAUGAUUUUGCGCUUGAGUCAGAAUUCACAGAUGUUUCCCUUGAAUUGCGAAUUGAAGAGCUGGAAAAGCAGAUUGCAGAACUGAAUACUUCCACCACUGAAGUGGAACAGAUGGUAACUACGGAAGAAGGGUUAAAAGAUGACAUUUCCGUAAAUUUGGAAGUGGAUAUGGUAAAAAUUGGUUCAACUAAGCUCAGAAAGAAGGGAAAAAUGAAUCUUUUGCAUCCUGCUGACACUGCUGACACUUCAUCAGAAUUGUUUAGUGGGAAGAAGCGCACUUCCAGCCCCUCCCCUUCCUUUGUGCUGCCACAAGAAAAGCGCCUCAAAGCAGGGGCUUUUGAAUCUCCUGUUCUUCCUAAUAGACAGUGGCCACAACCUGGGCCUUGUACAUCUGGACAUCAAGCCCAUGUUAAGCCUGAUGAACUCCCCGUGUCACAUCCUGUUACAUUGCCUGCUGUAUAUGUGUCAAGUACCCAAUCUGGUUUCCCUGACAAUAGUUAUGGUGCUAGUGCCACUCCCACUCCCUAUAGGGAGACUCAGCAAAUCACACCUACUGCCGGAAUCUGCCCUGGUGGCAUUGAUGUACAAUUGAAGACUACCACUGCAGGAGCUGAACAAAAGUUAGCUAAUGAAAGAAAAGAGGAUCUUAAAAAUACCUUUUCUGCAAAUAUUGAAAAGAAUAUAGUAGAAAACAAUUCAACUCAGUCGGUAAAAAAGGCCGAAAAAAUUCUCUCCCCAGCCUUUUCUGAAAUUGUAGCAGAGUCGUGUGGUGAGAAGUACUUUUCCAUCCCCUCCUCUUCCUCAGUGUUGCCACAACAAGCAAAGCACCUUAGACCACAAACUCUCGAGUCUCCUAAUCCACCACCCAAUUAUCCCAUAACAUCCAUGAAUCCACCACUGCCAAGUCUGCAACCAUCGGGGCAACAUAGACCUUAUACAUUUGGACAUGUAGCCCAUGAUGGACCCAAUGGACUCACUGCAUUGCAUCCUGGACAAAUGCCUACUGUAAAUGGGCCAAGUGCCCAUUUUGGUGGCCCUAGUGGUGGCAGCUAUGGUGUCACUCCCUAUUGGGGAACAGGUGAGUUUAAACCUACUGGUGGAAUUUGCCCCAGUGGUACUCCUGUACCACAGUUUAGACCUACUUCUGGAAUCGGAGUACCGCUGCACCUGGACAGUUUAGACCUUAUGUUGGUUUCGACCCUGGUGAUACUCAUGCACCUGUACAAUUUAGACCUGCUGGAGGAAUCGGCCUUGGCAGUACUCCUACACCUGGACAGUGGCCUUCUGCUUGUAUCGGGCCUGGCAGUACACCUGGACAAUAUAGACCUACUGCUGGAAUUGGCCCUGGCAGUAUACCUGGACAGUUUAGGCCUACUGCUGGAAGCUAUCCUGAUGGACCUCCUGCACCCAGACAGUUUUGGCCUACUGUUGGAAUCAGCUCUGGCAGUAUUCCUGCACCUGGAUAUUUUGAUGGAAGUCAGGUGCCGCCGUAUAGGCCCUGAUAAACAUAAGGUUAUUUAAUCAAUUGCACUCAACCCACCAGAGGAUGUAUAUGACAGGGUGAACCUUGGAAAAGUCAAAUCUCCAGUGUCAAGAAAGCUAAUUGCUAGGCUAACUUAUUAUCUAGGGAUUAUUGAAGGUUAAUGAUAAAAGAUGCUUACAAGUGGAAUUGAAGUCGUAUUCCGGAUUGAAUGUGCUUAGAAGUGAAUCUAGAGUAUAUGCUGAUACGACCAUAAAUAGCCUUGUGCCUGUGUCUAACUUAUUAUCUAAUUCUUCCUUAGUUUGGUUUGUACAGGGUGCUCUGCCUUUUCUUUUUAGUUCAAAAGCUUGAUCCUUAAUUGUUUCAAUUGUUUAGUUCUUAAUUGUGUAGGUUGUAAAGCCAUAAGAGAUUAGAUGGUCAAACAUGGUUUAUAUUUUCGGGCCAUAAUAAUGUGUAAAUAGUAGUGUUAUUUAGAAGUAUGAUGAAAGGAAGCACAUCAGCUAAACAUGUACCAAUAAGGUAUCUAUACAAUUUUAUGAUUUUUUA